GGUGGACCCCGGUAGGGACAACUGACUGACCAAACGAAAACCUAGGCCUCUGUACCAUGAUGCCAUUUCCUUCCAUCUUAGUUCUUACAUUACUGUAAAUUACCAAAAUGGGGUUUUCUGUCCCUGACCCGAAAUCCGGGCUUUCUUUGCCUUAGCAUGUUUCCGUAACAGUGCCUCUGAGGUUUGUUUGUCGGUUUUGUUUUUUGUCUGUUUGUUUCAAUUAUCUGUAAAGUUCCGCAAGUUGUUGUAAAUGUUUGAUGUUCACUUUCUGUAGGGUGGUUGGUAAUGUUUUGGAGAGGGAUUUGUUAGAAAAAUAGAAAAAGAACUGAAAAUUUUGUUGUAUUUGGCGGUUUAGUUAGUUGCUUUUUGGUGGGUAUCAUCAAGUUCCUGGAUUUAUUGGUCCAAAUUGACAAUUCAAGUCGAGUUUUGGGUUUACUCUGGAUCUGGGUUCUGGUUAUGGUACUGUUUUAGAUAAAUUAUGUUUGUUUCUCACAUUUUGGGGGUAUAGAAUUUGUGGUGACGGUUGGUCAAUGUUACCAAAGUAUGGUUUUUUAGCUUUUGGGGCUUCUGUAUUCCCUUUUUUUGGUGAGAAAUUUUGGAAUUUAAUGGCUUAGUAUUAUGUAUAUAUCAUUUUGGGAGUGAUUUUGGUUGAUUUCGAUAUUUUACAGCAAGAAUUUAAGUGUCAUUUUCUUCAAUGUAGAGAUCUUGGCUUUUUUUUUUUUUUUUGAUAAGUAAGAGAUCUUGGCUUUUGCUUCUGCAUAUAUGAUUAUUAGUUUUUAAUAACUUCUUAUAUUUGGUGAGAAAUGUGGGUUACUUUGGAGGGAGUGGGGAUAUUUUGAUACAACUUUUCUGUUGUUUGAGGUGUAGAGAGUUGAGGACUAAAGAGGUAUCAAAUGUCGAUUAAGAGCAUUAUUCAGGAUAUGAGGGGAGAGUUUGGGAGCAUUUCCAGAAAAGGGUUUGAGGUGAAGUUUGGGUAUGGGAUGAGAUCCAGGUCCCUCCGGGUAGUCCAGGAUAGCUCGGUGGUGGCAAUUGAUGCUUUUAAGCAGAGCUGUUGGGCUAACUUACCGCCAGAGCUUUUGAGGGAUGUGUUAAUGAGGAUAGAGGCCUCUGAAGAUACCUGGCCUCCCCGGAAAAAUGUGGUUGCUUGUGCUGGUGUUUGCAGGAGCUGGAGAGAUAUCAUGAAAGAAAUUGUGAGAUCCCCAGAAAUUUCAGGCAAGUUGACAUUUCCAAUCUCCUUGAAGCAGCCUGGCCCAAGGGACUCCCUCUUUCAGUGUCACAUCAAACGGAAUCGUAGCAGCCAAACAUAUUAUCUUUAUCUUGGCUUAAAUCAAGUUUCAACUGAUGACGGCAAGUUCCUUCUUGCUGCGCGGAAGUGCAGACGCCCUACUUGCACAGAUUACAUUAUCUCUUUAAAUUCUGAUGAUGUGUCAAAAGGGAGUAGCACCUAUGUGGGAAAGCUGAGAUCAAACUUUCUUGGAACAAAAUUCACAAUCUAUGACGCCCAACCUCCACAUUCUGGAGCAAAAGUCACCAAAUGUCGUUCUACAAGGAUGGUUAAUUUGAGACAAGUGUCCCCCAAAUUCCCCGCUGGCAACUAUCCCAUUGCCCAUAUUUCAUAUGAAUUGAAUGUGUUGGGCUCCAGGGGUCCUAGGAGAAUGCAGUGUGUUAUGGAUGCCAUUCCCGCCUCUGCUGUCGAGCCAGGAGGCGUGGCUCCAACUCAGACUGAAUUCCCUCUCAGCAGCGUGGAUAGUUUUCCAUCCCUUUCUUUCUUCAGAUCAAAAUCAAUCCACAGGGAGAGUUUCCAAUCUGGACAUUUUUCUGGUCAUAGUGAGGGAAGGCUGGUUUUAAGGAACAAGGCUCCUAGGUGGCAUGAACAACUCCAGUGCUGGUGUCUGAACUUCAAUGGACGUGUGACAGUUGCUUCAGUUAAGAAUUUCCAGCUGGUUGCUUCUACCGAGAAUGGAGCUUCUGGGCAAGAGCAUGAGAAUGUCAUUCUCCAGUUUGGAAAAGUGGGAAAGGAUGUAUUCACCAUGGAUUAUCAGUAUCCAAUCUCAGCUUUCCAGGCAUUUGCCAUAUGCCUCAGCAGCUUCGACACUAAGAUCGCUUGUGAAUGACUGAAUAGCAGAUGCAAUAGAAGUUGAUUGGAAGACUAGGGUUGCAGCAUGGACCUCCAACAGCUUGUGCUUUCCUCAAGCUGCCAUCUAGGCAGAUAGGCUUUUUAAUAGUCUCUCUGUACAUACAAAUUGUUGAUGUUACAAGCAAAACAUGCUUAUGCUGAUUGUCUUCUUGCUAACAUAGUUUUUUUUUUUCCUUCUUUCUCUUGGGUUUUUUUAGUGCUUGUCUAGUCUAUUUUGAGUGUGAGAAAUUGGACAGACUACAGAGUUGGGACUAGUUUGUGAGUUUCUUAGUAGUGUUGUGUUCUGGCGGCCUGUGUUUUUUCUUUUCUUUUCUUUUUUAUAAAUGCUGUUGGGUUCUGCUUUUUGUUUAAUUUGCAUAUGCCUUACCAUCCUUAAUACAUAUGUUUCUUGAACUA